UCCCAGGCACCGUAAAGGCGGCAUUUCCCCGCAUCAACCUUCUCGGUCUCUUCACCAGCUGUCCGUUUGUCUUCCGCACAGGUUUGUGUCAACUCGUUCUUUUGUGUCAUAUCCAGAAAACUCCAGAUGGGAACCUAAAUGCCGGCUAACUGGAAUAUUUCCCCGCGGACUAACCUGGACUGUGUGCGGACACAGAGGGAACAAGGGGGGAAAAGCGACAGCGCGAACGGGCGGUAAUGUUAACACGUUAGCCACGGCAGGUGCACCACGGCCACGACUGACAGGCUGUGAAACCGCAAAAAUCACCGUUUCAGCUCUUCACGAAGCCACCUUGGAUACUCUGUCGAGCCUGCAGAAAGUAAAACCACACUUUAGGAGUGCAGAGUCCUUUUUUUCCUCUUGUUUCUUUUCCUUUUACUCUCUCCUAUCCCGACCACCUCACCCUCUUUUUCCACAUCUGUCCCCCCUCAUCAUUGCCACUCUUUCCUAUUUUGGGCCACGUCCAUCUGUCUCCGGCUCAUCUCCCCUGCCCUCGCAUCCAGUGGCAUGGCCUCGGCUGAGUCACCGCAGUCCAGUGUCCUUCAGGAUGAGCUCACCUGUCCGGUGUGCCUGGACUUGUACCGGGACCCUCACUUGCUUCCUUGCGGGCACAACUUCUGCAAGACUUGCCUCGAUCGCCUAAAGCGGCAGGCAGAGCGAAGUCACUUCCGCUGUCCAGAAUGCCGCAACAGCCACCGGUGUAGCACCAACUUUCAGAAAAACUUUAAACUUGCCAAUAUCGCCGAUGACUACCGCCACAGGCGCAGGGCUCGCGCCAUGCCUCCCACAGCGUUAAAAUCCAGGGAUCUGCCGUCGUCUUCUCUUGUGGCACAACCUUGCAGGAAUGGGUUCACUGUGCCAUGUGACUACUGCCCUUCAGGUUCUGCCGAGGCGCCGACUGUCAGUGCUGCUGUGGGCGGAUCUUCUGCUGCUUCUGUUUCUCAACAAGCGGGUGAUAGCGAGGGAGCAGCAGCUCCUGCUGCUGCCGCUUCGAUGUUUGCAGUAAAGACCUGCCUGAAAUGCGAGGUGUCGAUGUGCCAAGAGCAUUUAAAGCCACAUCUGGAACUGCCGGCAUUCCGCAUGCAUCCUCUCACGGAGCCGAUGAAUGACUUCUGGAAGAGGAAGUGCCCUGAUCAUGAUGAGAUCUACAGAUACUACUGCAUUGAUGACAAGGUAUGUGUGUGCAACGCCUGUACCAUAGAGGGAGGACACUCAGGACACACGAUCAAGACUCUGAAAAAUACAAUGAAGGAUUUUAAGGGGGCGUUGGACAAGCAGCUGUACAGAACAGAAAGGAAGUACAGCAUGGCAGAGAAAAAAUUCCAGGAGCAGAAGGAGAAGGAGCGACAUAAUAAAAAGUUUAUGGACGACACCGAGCUGUGCUUGACCCGACUGGGAGACGAGAUGAAGACCAAAGCGCAGAGCUUCAUCGGCAGAUUACGCGACUGCGCACGUGCUCACUGUGACAUCAACGGACCGACCAUUCAGAUGAACAUCCUCAAGAUCACCCAGGACCAGGCGCGCUUACAGGAAGUCCGCUGUGGCAUCGAAGGCCUCAUGCUCGAGAGCGACCCUUUCCGCUUCAUCGAGGCAUACAGGACAAAAGGAAAAUAUUACCGCAGGCAGCUAAGGAAAAACAUGUUUUACCCAGAGUACGUCGACAUGGAGACGGAGGGUGUUGGAAUGACGAUGGAAGAGGAAAUGAGAAAGUUUCUGGAAGACGAGCUCCGGUCUCACAUUAUCGAUGCUAUUAAUUCCCUGUGCUACGUUUCUGAUCCUGAAGAGGAGGAGGAGCAGGACGAGAAUGACGAAGAGGCCCCAGAGGAGGACGAGGAGGAGGAGGACGAAGAUGAAGACGACCUGGAUGACAGCAGCGAAGAGGAAAUGAGAAGCGAGGGGGAGGAGGAGGAAGACGAUGAGGAGGAAGAUGGGGUGGGACCGCAUGAUGAUGAUUACAGCCCUGGGGAGGAGGAAGAAGAGGAGGAGGAGGAGGAUGUUGAGGAGGAAGAAGAGGAUGGAGAUGAAGAGGACGACGAUGAAGAAAGAGGAGUUUAAUAGCAUUAUUUUCCACCUAAUGAAGCACUUUGAAGUCGAUCCUCGAUUGUGGACGAGUGAACUGUCACAUGACAAAUCGCUCGUCUUCUCUUUCGCAGAAUGUGAAGAUAAAGACUUAAGAAGCCUCACAGUUUGCCUCUAACCCUCACACAGCAUCCAGACACAUGCCGGGGAGUGACAGCUUCCAGUUCAGCUGGACUUGAAACAAAUCAAGGACUGAGAAUGUACCGAAGUGACUCUCACCCUCAACCUGUGUCACAUCCUGGUAAACCUAAUUCUGGUGCUUUCCUAUAGAAUCAUUCGCUGUACAUCAGUGUGAAUGUAUAAUGGUUGAAUGUGACCGGAAGGCUUCAUACUCAGUUUGGGGAAACCUUUGCACGUCUGUGACGCCAGAUUUUCUAGCACUUUGCCAAAAAGAUUUUUUAGAAAGUGUGAGAAUUUACCCUUUCACCUUGUUAGCUAGAUUUCCUUAGCUUGAUUGAAGAACUUUCAGCAAAACCUUCGAUACAACAAUGGCUCCAAAGAAAGCCCUUCGAUCAGAACUCCUGCUGAAGGCUAUGAGAAAUCUGCUGGAACAGAACCUGUGUAUGAGGUUGUGAUUGUUUUUGUAAAGUUCAGCAUUGCAAGCCAAAGAGAAAAGGUUGUGAGUGAGAGUGUGUGCAUGCAUACUUUAGGAGAUGUUUGUCUGCUUGGCAUGAUGUUUAAAAAAAAAAAAAAAAAAAAAAAAAAAGUGCUAACAGAAGUUUACUGCAGAAUGACUUUUUGCUUUUUGUGCUUUAAAAGCAGUUCAUGCAUUUACAAACAUGUGAAAACAAAAAUAAUUGUUCCUAUGCACAGUUCAUACAUUAUUCUUAAAAUACCAGUUUUAGGUGAUGUGGACUUUCGCACUUUACUACUGUUAAGGCUGUGGUACACCUGAAAUCUUUGAAUGUCGACAGCUGAUUUCCAUUUUGAUAAAAUGAUUUGAGGGGCCAAACUUCAGGUAUUGUAAAAAGGAUAAUAAAAAUAAUAAUAAAAAGCCUGGUGAAUGUG